AACAAUCCAGAUGUGCAAAAGGCUCUUCAUGCAAAUGUUACUGGAAUCCCUUAUCCUUGGGUCACUUGCAGUGAUGUUAUAAGAGGGAGCUGGACAGAUUCACCAAGAUCCAUGCUUCCAAUUAUCAAACAGCUUAUAGAUGCUGGCCUCAGAAUAUGGGUAUUUAGUGGUGAUACCGAUGCUGUAUUGCCUCUUACCGCAACUCGCUACUCAAUCAAAGCCCUAAAUCUAAAGGCUAAUACUAGUUGGUACGCUUGGUACGACAAACAAAAGGUUGGUGGAUGGAGCCAAGUAUAUGAAGGAUUGACUUACGUGACAGUAAGAGGGGCAGGGCACGAGGUUCCAUUAACACGACCUAAGCUUGCUUUGACUUUGUUUAGGCAUUUUUUAGCCGACCAAAUUAUGCCACUCUCCCCCAAUUAAAAUUUAGUUAUUAUUAUUAUUAUUAUUUCUUUUGGAGAAAUAAUUUUGUCACAAUUUAUUGGUACUAAUUGAAUUUAGUUUGCAUGUUUUGAUAAAGAAUGGAAUAAAUGUUUAAAUUAU